AUGUUUGCAGGUAUUGAUAUUGGAGGAACAGGUAUUAAGGUAGGAAUUGUAACAUCCAAGGGCUCUAUCAUUGCUCGUGAACAUGAAAACUAUCAUCCGGAUAAGCACGAGCCACAGGACGUUGUAAACCUGGCAGUCACCUUGCUGUAUACAGUUCUUAAAACGACACGUUUAGGAUUAAAAGACUUGGAUGCUGUUGGAGUCGGUUGUCCUGGUGUUCUAAAACCUGGUGGUAUCAUUCAUGCUGCUGCUAGUUUUCCAUCCUGGAAAAAUAUACCGCUUCAACAGUUACUUACCGAUACACUUGAUAAACCGGUUACGGUGUGCAACGAUGCAGAUGCGGCAAUUCUAGCAGAACAAUGGGUCGGUGCAGCAAAGGGUCAAGUCAAGGAUUUUAUCAUGCUUACACUUGGUACAGGUGUUGGAUUCAGUGUUGUCGCAAACGGUCAACUUGUACGAGGUGGUAGUAAUGCUAUUGAAGGAGGCCACAUGAUUGUCGAACGCAAUGGAAGACAAUGUGGUUGCUCGCAACGAGGAUGCCUUGAAGCAUAUAGCUCGGCUGGUGCGCUGAUAUUGCAAGCGAGAGAGCAUUUACGCGCUGGCAAAACAUCAAGGCUGUCAAGCUAUUGUGAAACAGACAUAAAUGCUGAAUUAAUAUUCAAAUACGCUGCUGAGGGUGACGAGCUUUGCAAGCAUGUCAUUGAAGAAGCCGCCGACUACUUGGGUUUUGCCUGCGUUACAUUUUGUCGAAUGCUGGAUCCGGAAAUCAUUGUUUUAUCUGGAGGAAUCGCCGAAGCCGGAGAAGCUUACAUCGAACAAAUCCGUCGUGCUUACGCGAAGCACACCUGGACAACAUUUGCCAACCCUGUUCGCAUUGAAAAGGCGAGUGCAGGAUAUGACUCUGGCAUUAUUGGCGCUGUCGCGGUGUGCAAAACCCAACACAAGGGGUAG